AUGGUCUGCUGCCCCGCGCAGCAACCGUCGGGCGACGACCCGGGGGCCAAAAACCCGGCGACGACGGCGCUUGGGGCGCUAAGCUCAGAAAAAACGCACUGCAGCCUCGGGCCGAUAGUCGGACCACAGCAGCUUGGGUUCCUCGAGAGAAAGCGGGCAAUGCGGCCCCUUGAGCCUCGCGCUCUGCCCUCCACGGUGCUCGCGCCCGAUGGGUCGGUGCGGUAUUUUGCGUACGGGUCGAACUUGGGCCGUCAAAAGGUGCUGUCGCGCGGCGCAGCCUCAAUAAUCUCGACGGAGCGGGCGAACGUGGCGGGAUGGCGGCUCGCCUUCACGUUUGCGUUGAACCCGCCGCUGGAGCCUUCAUUUGCCUCGAUCGAGCCCGCCCCGGCCGAGACGGUUUGCGAGGGCGUGCUCCACACCCUCACCCCCAGCGCAUACGAGGAGUUGUGGCGCUCCGAGGGCGGCGGCGGUUCGAGACCCGACUACGAUGAGAUUGUCGUGCUCGCAAAGCCGUGGAGUGGCAGCGAGCCGGUUAGGGCCAUCACGCUGCGGGCUGCGCAGAGCCGGCGCCUCAGCCACGAUGUCCCGCCAUCGCAGAGAUACUUGAGCAUGGUUGUCGCCGGCGCGCACGAGGCAGGAGAGCUCCUCGUGCGUCGCAGCGGGGGAGCGGGCGCGUCGGCGAUGGGGCUUCUCUCGCCGGUAAUCGAGAAGCAAAAUAAAACCAUCACUGAGGUUUCCUACCUAGAGGUUAGCGCCGAAAAAGCCGGGGCCUUUAGCUCCGGCUAG